AUGCUCAGAGAUCAUUUCGCGGUGAUUUGCAUUGUUUGGUACAUCUUCAUUGCCUGCGUCUGCGCCAUCGGCUACGUUUGUCUGUUUCUUUAUUAUCGCCAGACCCCAGCCCGAAGUGCCAUCCUCUCUCGGUCGGCGAACCAAGACGUCCCCAAUGUCACGGUGAUCCGCCCCUGCAAAGGGCUCGAACCCUUCCUGUACGAAUGCCUCGCCUCGACGUUUCAGCAAGACUACCCUCGAAACAAGAUAGCCGUGCACUUCUGUGUCUCGUCGCGAUCCGACCCGGCGUAUGGAACCAUCGAGAAAGUUGUCAGGGAUCACCCAGGCCACCAUGCGCGGAUCUUCGUCGAGGAGGAGGACGACGGAGUCGCCAAUGGAGACGAAGAGGAGAGCGACUACCGCCAAUUUCUGGGGCCCAAUCCCAAGAUCCGGAACAUGAGCAAGGCAUACCGCGACGCAGGGGCGCAGGACCUCAUAUGGAUCCUGGACUGCAACGUCUGGGUGGGCCGGGGCGUCUGCGCGCGCAUGGUUGACAGGUUGUGCGGUUUCACGGCGGAAGGACACCCACCAGCAACGCCGUAUAAACUGGUCCAUCAUCUUCCCAUAUCAGUCGACGUGGACGCACGCGCCGACGAGGGUUCUCUGCGGGCCACGACACCCUCUUCGUCCCACGCCGAUGGGCCUUCUGGUGGCGUUCUGUCGAGAAUGGACCAGCUCAAGCGGUGUGCGGGCGGCCGCGUCGAAGAGCUCUUCCUCUCUUCCUCCCAUGCGAAGAUGUAUGUCGCCAUUAAUAUCGUGGCCGUCGCGCCCUGCAUCGUGGGAAAAUCUACUAUGUUCCGGCGUCUCCACUUGGAUCUUCUUACGGCACAAAGAGCUCUCGAGGAAGACAGAAACAGAAGGAGCGGAUAUCCAAAGGACCCUCACCAUGCAGAAAACGGCGGGGUUCUUCACAAUACUCGGUUCGGCAUUGACUAUUUUUCGCACAACAUCUGCGAAGACCAUCUCAUCGGCGACCUCCUGUGGAAAUCCCCCGUGCCGGCCGUUCCUGAUCUUCCGAAGAGAAUGAGAAACCACGGCCUGGUGUACGGCGACCUCGCCAUCCAGCCCAUCAGCUCCAUGUCCCUCCAGUCCUACAUUUCUCGUCGUGUUCGGUGGUUGAGGGUGAGGAAAUUCACAGUCCCGGUAGCGACGCUGGUGGAGCCGGGCACCGAGAGUUUUCUAUGCUCGCUGAUGGGUGCUUGGGGCCUGACAACUUUCAGCGGAACGAAAGAUUGGGCCGGGGAUUCGUGGGGGCGGUUGUCGAUGUGGUGGUGCGUGAGCAUACUGUGCUGGAUGGUGGUGGAUUGGACCGUGUAUCUGCUGCUGCACUCGGGCCGCACCAUUGAGACAUCUACAUCAAUAGCCUCGCCCUCAUCCAACCGGUCGAAUCAAACCCCGGCCACAGCGGCCGCAAGACACAGUGGAGACAGACAAGUCGAAAUCCCUGCAUUUGCCCGACCUCUUUCAGCACAUGUACGCUCACGGCGGAGCUUUCACAUCUGGCUACUUGCCUGGCUGGGGCGGGAAUCUCUCGCCUUCCCCAUCUGGACGUGGGCGAUCUGGGGCGGCACGAGCGUGACCUGGCGCGACCGACGGUUCUGGGUCGGGCUUGACAUGAAAGUGCACGAGAUCCGAGACGAGAAGAAAAAGACCGAACGCGCCCCUCGUGGUGGCCGCCAGAGGGAUGAUGACGAGCACAAGAGUGACACGCCGGAGGAGAAGGAGACGAAGACGAAUGGACACGCGACGAGUAUGACCAGCGGGAACGGGAGUGCAAAGACGAACGCGAAUGCAAAUGUGACCACGUAUGUAAAUGGGACGACGUUGCGGGCACGGAAGAAGUCAGAACGAAGGUAA